ACCACCGCCGCCUCCUCCCCCGCCGGGUCGCUGCCUCUCAUCCUCCGCCGUCGGCCGCCGCUCGCGGGAGCUCUCCUCUUCCUCAGCCUUGGAGCGGUCGCGGGUUGCGCCCUCUCCAACCGCCGUAUCCCCUUCCUCCGAUUGUUGCGUACGUGGAGGGCUAAGAGACACCGCCAAAGUGGAGCAUUGGGAGAUGCCUUAGUACACUCAGCUCAUCUGUUUUCAUCCUGUAAUGUUGGUCCAAUACGUCUGCUAAAAUUCUGUGGUUAUCCUCAUCGCAUAUUGGGCAAGAACUCUCAGUUCUGCACGAAUGGAAUCUACUACUACAACCGUGCCUUCCGUUGUUGUGUAUGUGACAGUUCCAAAUCGGGAAGCAGGCAAAAAGCUAUCAGAAAGCAUUAUCAGUGAGAAGCUUGCUGCCUGUGUGAACAUAGUGCCUGGAAUUGAAUCUGUUUACUGGUGGGAGGGAAAGGUGCAAACUGAUGCUGAAGAGUUGCUCAUCAUUAAGACAAGGGAAUCUCUUGUAAAUGCCUUGACUGAACAUGUCAAAGCCAACCAUGAGUAUGACGUUCCUGAAGUCAUCUCUCUGCCCAUAAAUGGGGGCAACCUCAAGUACCUAGAGUGGCUCAAGAACAGCACUAGGGAAAACUGAUCUGGUAGAGCUUUCUGUUCACUGCAUUUGGGAGUACCUGGUAAUAUGGACUGACUGUUGUGAUUCGAGAUAUUGUGCUUGUUGCAGAACGAUUGGAGUCUGUAUGCAUCGAUGGCAUUGCUGGAACGAAUCAGACUUUACCCCCCUUAGGGUCGAAUAAACUUGAAGAGUCUGUGGAUUGCCUCCUUUCUGCCAAUUGUUUAUUGUUGGGUUGUAUAUACAGAUAAUGGCUAGAAGUGAUGACGUGUCAGAAUUUGAUGUAUCGUUGUGCCGAUGCUGAUCAUGACUUCCAGCACCAUGAAUCAGGAGCACACCCUUCUCCCGAAUUGCAAUUGGCAAGCCUACCAUGAAUGAAUGAUGAAUCCAGCCAGCA